CUCAGCGGCCAGUGGCCACGGCACCGCCACGAAUACUGAGCUCUAAGGCAUUUUCAGGCCUGCGCUAUAAGCGCUAAAUUUUAUUCAGCGUGUGUUACGACGUAACAAGACAGGUUAUAUUUACACCUGCGUCUGCACUUUAACUACCUUUGUUGAUUUAAGUUACUCUAAAAAUUAGUAGAAAAGUAAGUUUUUCUUUGAUUCAUUGAUAAUAUCACUAUCUCAAUCAUUGACAUUUCGAAGGAAAAAACAUGCUUAUUAUACGAGAAGUAUCAAGACGGCAUUUGCCUUGUUUCUCUAAUACUUGCUAUCAAUUCCGGCAUUUGACAACUAAAACGAGAGAAAAACCAAAAGAUAUUAUGGCAGAUUUUAAAACAAAAUUGCCGGCAGCUAAAUCAAAAAAACCCAAACGCGAUCCCUUCGUCAAAAAUCUCUUCCUUGGUAUUGUCGAUACUGAAUUUCUUGCUUAUCCAGAGCCACAGCAUUACGACAGGUAUAAUGAAUUUCAAGAGUGGUUUCAACCUCUUAAAGAUUAUAUGAAAACUGUUAAUCUCAAUGAAUUUGAGGAAACAGGCGAAAUACCAGCCCAUGUCAUUCAAAAAUUUAGAGAAUUGGGAGUAUUUGGAACAAGAAUUCAUGAAGAUUAUCAAGGCUCAAAUUUAUUAAAUUCUGAGUUUUUGCAAGUUCUUGAAGUUGUAAGCAAAGUACCAGCUCUUGGUGUUUAUUUACUAAAACAUAGUGUACCACCUAUAAAUAUUUUGAACAAAUAUGGAACAGUUGAACAAAAACUCAAAUACCUUCCGAAAAUUGCCUUAGGACAGUCAUUAGCUACAAUAGCUGUAACUGAACGGGAAAGUGGUCCUAGUGUAAAUAAUAUAAUGACCACAGGUACAUUAUCUAUAAAUAAUGAUCAAUGGAUAAUUAAUGGGGAAAAAACGUUUGUUUCCAAUGUAAAAAAUGCAGAUGUAUUUUUGAUUAUUGGUCAUGCUUCCCAAAGUGGUAAUGUAGAUAGACGACCAGAGACUCUUACUGCUUUUCUUGUAGACAAGGGGAGUGAAGGUUUGCAUGUAGCACAGGAUCUUAUUCAUACAGUAGGUUUGAAAGGUUUUAAUACUGGUAGGAUUAUAAUGAAGGAUGUAAAAAUACGCAAAGAAAACAUUCUUGGAAAGGUUGGAGAUGGUGCUCAACACCUUAUUGAUAUGUUUGCCAACAGUAGACACUUUAUUGUAUCUAUAACAAUAUCUAUACUCAAAGCCUUUUUAGAGCUACUAAUAGAUGAUAUUCUGCAAAGGAAGCACUUUAACCAAAAUUUACAUGAGACAGAAAUGGUAAAAAAUGUAAUAUCAAACAUCUCCUGCUCUAUAUAUAGUAUGGAAAGUAUGCUUUAUAUGACCGCAGCAAUGAUGGACAUUUAUGAUAAUCAAGAUGUGCAACUUGAAGCGGCUCUUACAGAACAAUAUUGCAUUCAAGAAUGUUUAGCUAGGAUAAUGGAGAGUGCUGGACUGAUUGGUCCCAGAGUUACUACUCUAGUCAAACCCUUUGAGCAAUUAUUUAGAGAUACCUUUACAGUUACAAAUUAUGAUAGUUCACUCAUGGAUACAAAAAUUUUCUCAGCUCUUUUGGGUGUUCAACAUUUUGGUCUUUUUAUGUCAGAUAAAAUAAAAAAAGAAAGGAAUCCAUUUAUGUUCCCCAAGAAUAUUCUGAUGAAAAUGUUUUUAAAAGAAAACAGGUUAAAAUUGCAUUUAGAGGAAUAUUUGCACCCCUCUUUACAAGAGUGUGCUGAUUUUCUUGAUAGAAGUCUCUUUUUAUUAAAAGAUUGCACAGAAUACUUAUUAAUUACAAAUGGUCUGAUCAUUACUGAUAGACAUGCAAAUCUUAGUAGGUUGAGUGAUAUGGCGUGUCAAAUAUAUGCAUAUAUUGCUAAUGUUAGUCGAGCUUCAAGAUCUUAUUGUAUUGGUAACAGAGAUUCCGAAAAUGAAAUUAAAAUGAGCAUAAUAUUGUCUUACAAAUUAGAACAAAGAGUUAAACAAUUAGCUGAAGAUAUCAAAGCCAGUGAAUAUGGAAAUGGUGAUUUCUUAAGUAAUGAAAUCGCAGAUAUAACAAUACAAAGGAAAAAAUAUAUGUCAGUAAACCCUUUACAAAGAAACUAUUAAUUGUAC